AUGAAGGAGACGGCGCCCGUCCCCGUGCCGAGCAACGACGUUGCGCGCAGCAGCGACGAGACGCCCAAACCGCUAAAGCCGUCCAAGUCGUCGGGCGACGCACCGGCGGCCGAAGAGCUCUCUCUUGAAGACCGCAAGCUCAAAGAAGACCUCGAGACAGCUGUGACCCGCGUAUGCGACACGCACGAAGACGUGGGCGUCAAGCAGCUGGCGCUCGAGCUCCUGCGGCGCGAGAUCCGCUCGGCCACGUCGUCGAUGACGUCUGUCCCGAAGCCGCUCAAGUUCCUGCGGCCGUUCUACGACGAGUUGAAGACGGCGUUUGAGUACGUGGAGGCGGGCGAGACGAGGAAACUCAUGGCCGACGUGCUGGCCGUGCUGGCCAUGACCAUGGCCAAAGAGGGCUCGCGGGAGAGUCUCAAGUUUAAGUUGCAGGGCAACAGGACGGAGCUGGGCUCGUGGGGCCACGAGUUUGUGCGCUCCUUGGCCGGGGAAGUCGGGGAAGAGUACAAUGCGCGGGUAACAGCUGUUGGCGCGGUGGAUCCAGACGUGCGGGACUUGCUGGAGACUGUGGACACGAUCGUGCCGUUCCACAUGCAACACAACGCCGAGCCGGAGGCGAUUGAUAUGUUGAUUGAAGUGCAGCAACUCCCGAGGUUGUUGGAGAGCCCGGACAUUGACGAGAAGAAUUACCAGCGCGUGUGUCUCUACCUGUUGGCCUGUGCCGAUUUCAUGUCGGACGCUGAGGAUUUGACAAAUCUAUUGAACACGGCCUUUGCGCUUUUCCUGCGUCUGGAGCAGUUCCCGGAUGCACUUCGUGUCGCGCUGCGGAUUAGCAAUGACGAGUUGGUGGCGGAAGUGUUCCAGAAGUGUCAAGACGAUGUGGUGCGGAACCAGAUGGGAUACAUCUUGGGUCGGCAGCGCUGUUUUUAUGAAGAUGAGAGCGAAACGUCGGUGAAUGAAGUUAUUGGCAACGCAGACUUGAGUGACAAGUUCCUGUCGCUCGCUCGUGACCUGGACGUCAUGGAAGCCAAGACCCCCGAGGAUAUUUACAAGUCGCACUUGUCCGAGACAGCAAGUGUCGGUCGCGGUCGGGACUCGGGGUCUCAGCCUGCUGACUCUGCGCGUGCGAACUUGGCGUCGACGUUUGUGAACGCUCUCGUGAACGCCGGCUAUGGAACGGACAAGCUUAUGACCCCGGAAGGGAACACAUGGCUGUAUAAGAACAAAAAGCAUGGAAUGAUGAGCGCGGCCGCAUCACUAGGCAUGAUCAUGCUUUGGAAUGUUGAAGAGGGCAUUACGCAGAUUGACAAAUACCUGUACUCGGGUGACGAGUUUGUCAAAGCCGGUGCCAUCCUCGGCGUCGGUGUUGUUAGCGCCGGUAUUCGCAAUGACUGCGAUCCCGCGCUUGCGCUGUUGUCCGAGCAUAUCGACUCAGGCAACUGCUCCAUCCGUUGUGCUUCUUGUCUGGGUUUGGGCAUUGCGUACGCAGGUUCAGCCCGUGAAGAUGUGUCUGAGUUGCUGAUCCCGGUGGUUUCCCAUGCUGAUGAGAACGCUGACAUUCAGGAAGUGUCGUACGCUGCGCUGGCACUUGGCAUGGUUGAAGUGGGUACUUGUGACGAGGAGGCUGGAAGUGUGCUGAUGCAGCGACUUAUGGAGAGCUCGGACGCGGAGCUGGACUCGUCAUGCGCGCGUUUCCUUGCUCUUGGACUUGGCCUGUUGUAUCUCGGCCGCCAGGAGCGCGUGGAAGCUAUGCUGGAAGCUGCCAAGACCAUUGAGCACAAAAUGUCGAAGUACCUGGCUAUCACGCUGGAAACGUGUGCAUACGCUGGCUCAGGCAACGUGUUGAAGGUCCAGCAGCUCCUGCGCACUUGCGCUGAACACAUUGAGGAUUCUGUUGAGGCACAGCACCAGAGUGUUGCUGUCCUCGGUAUCGCUCUGAUCACGAUGGGCGAGAAAAUUGGCAGCGAGAUGGCAAUGCGAUCGUUUGACCACUUGCUGCAGUACGGUGAAGUGGCAGUACGCCGAGCAGUGCCUCUGGCAUUUGCUCUAUUGAGCGUGUCUGACCCUGAGUACGCACUGAUCGACACGCUGUCGCGCCUUACCCACGAUGUUGACUCGGGUGUUGCUCAGAAUGCCAUCCUCGCGCUCGGCCUAGUGUCGGCCGGCACGAACAACUCGCGAGUUGCUGGUUUGCUUCGCCAGCUUUCAGAGUUUUACAAUCGCGAAGCAAACCACCUGUUCGUUGUCCGUAUCGCCCAAGGCUUGCUGCACAUGGGCAAGGGUCUGAUGACCCUGCACCCGUUCCACUCCGACCGGUUAAUCAUGUCUCGUGUGGCGGUCAGCGGUUUGCUGACGAUUCUUCACGCUUCGCUAGAUAUGGAGCACACGGUGUUGGACACGUCCCACUAUAUUCUCUACUGCAUCGCCACAGCAAUGCAACCCCGUAUGCUCAUCACGCUUGAUGAAGAGCUGAAUCCGCUUCCUGUAUCCGUUCGAGUCGGCCAGGCGGUUGAGAUUGUGGGCCAGGCCGGCCGCCCGAAGUCUAUUACAGGAUUCCAGACGCAUACAACGCCUGUGCUGCUGAAUGUCAAGGACCGCGCAGAGCUUGCGACGGAAGAGUACCUCCCGCUCACGAAUGUGCUAGAAGGCGUUGUAAUCCUCCGAAAGAAUCCGGACUAUCAACCAGAGACGUAA